AUGAGCGAAGACCCCGAUACACCACUAGGAGUGAAGAUGCUAGCUGACCACUUGGUGAAGGUGAAAAUGCAGUAUGAAGAACAGAUCAACGAUAUGCUCGUAAAGAUGCGUGGUAUGGAAAAGGAGAAGGACGAGAUGAAGAGACAGUACAAGCUUCUGGAAGACGAGUUGGAGCAGCGAAGAAACGAGAUUUUCCAGUUAAAACGAGCAAACAACGCUCAGUACGUGAUGGAGGAAAGGGAGAACUGGCGAGCCAUGGUUACUCAGCAAAAGCAGGAAAUUGAAAAGCUGAAGAAGGGUAGCACUGUGCUGUUCGUCCAAACCUGUAGAUCUUGCAAUUGCUCAGGAACGCACCCGUUCUCUUCAGUCCCACUUAGAUGA